CGAGCCAUAACGGGUCUUCCUGUAUGGAUCACAAGCUUAUCUGACCCCUUACCUCGUGGACCUCCUUGGUUUCUAAUCCCUGCUCUGAAUCUGAUUCUGGACUGGUGCUUGGCCAUCCUUACCGGAUUCGAACGGGCUGGGAUUGCCUUCAUCUAAGACGCAAGCAGACAGACACCAGAACCUGUAUGUGACGGAUUUACAUCCGAUUUAAGUUGCCACAGCUGUGUUUGGAGUCCAGGACAUGUUGGAUCAACACCAUAAACUAGUCCUCACGAUUCCAGUGUGAAAAAUGGAAGAGCUCAGCUAAGGAUGGGAUCAGUCGUGUCGUUCUUUAGAAAGUUGUGUGGAGGGGAGAGGAAGAAAGAGGAGGAGAGGCUCCUGCGGGCGAAUGACCGAGCUUUCAACCUGUCCCAGCAGUACGCUAAAAAUGCCAUCAAGAGCUCCAAAUACAACAUUUUCACCUUCCUGCCUCUGAACCUCUUCGAGCAGUUCAGCCGGCUGGCCAACGCCUACUUCCUCUUCCUCCUCAUCCUUCAGCUAAUCCCACAAAUCUCUUCUGUCUCCUGGUUCACAACGGCCGUGCCUCUGGCCAUAGUGCUCACUGUAACGGGGGUCAAAGAUGCUAACGAUGACAUAAAGAGACACAAACAAGACAAGCAAGUGAACAACCGCAUGGUGAAAGUCCUCAUAAACGGAGAACUGAGAGAAGAAAAAUGGAUGAACGUCCAAGUUGGAGAUAUAGUCAAACUGGAGAGCAACCAGUUUGUCACAGCGGACCUCCUGCUUCUGUCCAGCAGUGAACCUCUCAAUCUGAUCUAUGUGGAAACCGCUGAGUUAGACGGUGAAACCAAUCUGAAGGUGAAACAGGGCCUGACUGUCACUGGAGAGAUGGGGGACAACAUUGAAGCUCUUUCUGCCUUUCAAGGUGAAGUUCGAUGUGAAGCUCCAAACAACCACUUGGACAAGUUCAAAGGGAUCCUGACUGUGAAUGGACGUCAAUACGGGCUGGACAACGAUAAGAUACUGCUUAGAGGAUGUACCGUGAGGAACACCGAGUGGUCCUUCGGUUUGGUCAUCUUUGGAGGUCCGGACACCAAGCUCAUGCAGAACAGCGGGAGAACCACAUUUAAAAGGACCAGCAUUGAUCAGCUGAUGAACAUCCUGGUGUUGUGUAUCUUUGGUUUCCUGGCAACGAUCUGUGCCAUUUUGACGGUAGGCCACACCAUCUGGGAGGUGAAGGAGGGCUCGACCUUCACAGCGUUUCUUCCCCGUCAACCAGGCGUUGAUAUUCCUCUAUCGUCCUUCUACUCCUUCUGGUCCUACGUCAUCGUCCUCAACACUGUGGUGCCCAUUUCCCUCUAUGUCAGCGUGGAGAUGAUCCGUCUUGGGAACAGCUUCUUCAUAGACUGGGACAGGAAGAUGUACUACCUGAAGAAGGACACUCCUGCUCAGGCCAGGACCACCUCGCUCAACGAGGAGCUGGGUCAGAUUAAAUACAUCUUCAGUGACAAGACCGGCACUCUGACACAGAACAUCAUGACGUUCAACAAGUGCUCAAUCAAUGGAAAAAACUAUGGGGAGCUGUUUGACUUUUUUGGACAAAGAAUUGAAAUAACCAAGAAAACGCAGAGAGUGGACUUCUCCUGGAACCAGCUGGCAGAUCCGAAGUUCAUCUUCCAUGAUUACAGCCUGUUGGAGACGGUAAAGGAGGGAAACCCGGAGGCUCAGGCCUUCUUCCGCCUGCUGGCUCUGUGCCACACCGUCAUGCCUGAGGAAAAGAAAGAGGGGGAGCUCAACUAUCAGGCUCAGUCCCCUGAUGAGGGCGCUCUGGUGACCGCAGCGAGGAACUUUGGGUUUGUUUUCUGGUCACGUACGCCAGAGACCAUCACAGUCAUAGAGAUGGGGAAGAAGGUUACAUAUCAACUUCUGGCUGUUCUGGACUUCAAUAACGUGAGGAAGAGGAUGUCAGUGAUAGUACGUAACCCUGAAGGCAAGAUGACCCUGUACUGCAAAGGUGCAGACACCAUCAUCUAUGAAAGAUUACACCCCUCCUGUAACAAACUGAAGGAAGUUACCAUGGGACACCUUAAUGAAUAUGCAGGAGACGGCCUUCGCACCCUGGCUCUGGCCUAUAAGGACUUGGAGGAGAGCUACAUGGAGCGCUGGAUGGAGCGCCACCAUGAGGCCAGCACAGCCAUGGAAGGACGAGAAGAAGGACUUAAUCAACUUUAUGAAGACAUCGAAAAAGACAUGAUGCUGCUAGGAGCCACAGCUGUAGAGGACAAGUUGCAGGACGGCGUGCCUCAGACCAUUGAGCAGCUGGCCAAAGCUGACAUGAAAAUCUGGGUGCUGACUGGUGAUAAACAAGAAACGGCAGAAAACAUCGGCUAUUCUUGCAACAUGCUGAGAAAUGAGAUGAAGGAGAUUUUUAUUAUUGCUGCCAAUACAACCGAUGGGGUCAAAGAGGAGCUACAGAAUGCCAGAAGGAAAAUGUGUCCCGGAGCAGCAGAGAAGCCAACAGUGAUCAAAGCUCGAGCUGGCCUGCUUUGGCUCCAGAAGACCCAGACUGUCCAGGAUGAGAACGUAAACGGAGAGUAUGGCCUGAUUAUUAAUGGACACAGCUUGGCCUAUGCACUGCAAAAGGACUUGAAGUUGGAGCUGCUGAGGACUGCAUGCAUGUGCCAGACGGUUAUAUGCUGCAGGGUCACCCCUCUGCAGAAGGCACAGGUGGUCGAGCUGGUGAAGAAAUACAAGCAGACUGUAACUCUGGCCAUUGGAGAUGGAGCCAAUGAUGUUAGCAUGAUCAGGGCUGCUCAUAUUGGUGUAGGCAUCAGUGGGCAGGAGGGGAUGCAGGCUGUUCUCUCCAGCGACUUCUCUUUUGCCCAGUUCCGUUACCUCCAGCGCCUCCUGCUGGUACACGGGCGCUGGUCUUACAUUCGCGUGUGCAAGUUCCUACGAUAUUUCUUUUAUAAGAACUUCACCUACACCCUUAUUCACUUCUGGUAUGCUUUCUUCAGCGGCUUCUCUGCACAGUCUGUGUAUGAUGACUGGUUCCUCACCAUGUAUAAUAUGGUUUACACGGCUGCUCCUGUUCUUGCCUUGGGCCUUUUUGAUCAGGAUGUAAAUGACCGCUGGAGUUUGCAAUAUCCUCAGCUCUACUCUCCUGGCCAGCUCAACAAGUUUUUCAGUAAAAACGUUUUUGUGCGCUGUGUAAUGAGGAGCUGCUACACCUCCCUGGUCCUCUUCUUUAUCCCAUGGGCCGCCAUGCACGACACAGUCCGGGAUGAUGGCAAAGACAUCGCGAACUAUCAGUCCUUUGCUUUGUUGUUGCAAACCUCCCUGCUGAUUGUGAUGAGUGCUCAGAUGUUUUUUGACACCUAUUACUGGACAGCAAUAAACCAGUUUUUUCUGUGGGGCAGCUUGGCUGCCUACAUUGCUAUCACCUUUACCUUUCUAAGCAACGGCCUUUUUUUCAUGUUUCCCACCAGUUUCUUCUUCAUUGGCACAGCGAGGAACUGCUUGAACCAGCCAAACGCGUGGCUGACGGUGUUCCUGACCUGUCUUCUCUGCACCCUGCCUGUGGUGGCCUAUCGCUUCUUUCUCAUGCAGUUUUAUCCCAUGAUCACUGAUAAGGUGAGGUAUAAGGCACAAAAGGAGGGAAUGCCAACUCCUUCUCCUUAUCGGCCACCUCCCAGGCGUAUCCGCAGCCGCCGGUCCAGCUACGCCUUCUCCCACUCCCAGGGCUUCGGAGAUCUGGUAACUUCCCGCAAAUUCCUGCGCCUGAAGAUGCGACCAUCCCUGUUCGGCCAAAAGGACUCUCCGGUGGUUGAAAAUCAGCCACAGGUCUAUCGGACCAUAACGGAGGAGGCGGAGGAGUCACAGAGUUAGGAUGCUUUUAUGGACUGAAGUAUUAUUAUUUGUGUUGUUAUUUUGAGACUUCUGUAUAUAAGGAUGCUACUGGUAAAGGCACCUAAAAUCAUGGUAUUACUAAAAUGAAAUUUACACUGAGGUAAUGUUUUUUUAUUGAUAAAUAACUGAUGACAUCACUGUGAAAAAGUUAACUUAUACAUUAAGCAAAAUAUGCAUUAAAAGCUCACACUGUU